AUGGCCAUGUCUUCGGCAGCACCCACGCGACAAGCCCUCCGCCACCUCCGCCGGCUGUGCACCACUCCCACUCCCAGAGAAACACUUCCCACGGCCAGAGCAUCGCCGUGUCUCUGUGACGAACGAGUUGUCGCGACAAGAAGAGAAAGGAGAUCGACCUGCGCAUUCCAGUCGCGACGGCCAUUCAGCACAACGCGGACUCGAGCACACGAAGCAGAAUCAUCCCCGCCUACAUCCUCCACCGCCAGAAUUGAUGGUCAAAAUGAGAGCCAUACUACGACCCAGACUCCCUCGCAACAAGAUAAGACUUCUGCUUCCACGCCAGACAUCACGAACUACUACACCUUGUUCCCCUCCACGCUGGCAUCUGGCCCGCCACCACACGGGCCGUUCCACAUCCCCCUAGCCCAGCUGAAGCGCGAGUUUCUCCAGCUUCAAGCGCAGCACCACCCGGACAAAUAUCACCACUCGGAGGCCGCGCACCGGAGCGCCCGUGGGAUGUCGUCGCUGCUGAAUACCGCGUACAAAACAUUGUCGGAUCCGCUGCUGCGUGCUAGGUAUCUCCUACACCAUAACUACGGGGUGGAUAUCACGUCGGAGGACAAUAAUACCCACGGUAGUCUGACCGAUCAGGAGACCCUGAUGGAGGUCCUGGAGGCGCAGGAGGCGAUCGAGGAGGCCACCACGCAGGAACAGAUUGACGCAUUGAAGGAGGAGAAUAAGACUCGGGUCAAAGACGCCGAGAAGCUGUUGAGUGAGGCGUUCGAAAAGGAGGAUCUUGAGCUUGCGAAGAGGGAGUGUAUUCGUCUCAACUAUUGGCGCAGUCUGCAGCAGGGCUUGCAUGACUGGGAGCCUGGCAAAGAGGUCAGACUCAUACACUGA